CUCUCUCUCUCUACAUUUCUUUCUCUCUCUCUCUCUCUCAUCAAAAUAUCUAUCUACACCAACAACAUUACUCCAUUGAGACAAAGAAUGUCAUAAAAACUACACCACUACUCACUUUCUUCUUCAUCUUCUUCUUCCUCAUCUCACAUAAAUUUUCCAAACCAAAAAAAAGUCCCAAAAAAAAUAUGAACCCAUUAAUCUUGAUCAUAUUCAUCAUCACCUGAUCCUCAUCAAAACCCCUUUUAUUAUUAUUUUUUUUUUUCUGUUAUAAAACCUUAUCUAUAUAUAUAUUAUUGAUCAAGAGAUCAUGAACAGCCUAGAAGACUCGCUAAGAUCUCUAUCGUUAGAUUACCUGAAUCUAUUAAUCAACGGUCAGGCUUUCAGUGACGUCACCUUUAGCGUUGAGGGUCGAUUAGUCCACGCACACAGGUGUAUUCUGGCCGCACGGAGUCUUUUCUUCCGGAAAUUCUUUUGUGGGCCGGACCCUCCUCCUUCCGCGGUGGGCCUUGACCCAAUAAUCUCAUCCGGGUCUAGAUCUUCUGGUGGUGGAUCGGGUCACGGGCACCACCACCACCACCACCAUCAUAGGGUUGUGGGUGGGAAUAGUAAUAGUAACGGGGCUGUGAUACCUGUGAACUCAGUUGGUUACGAAGUGUUUUUGUUAUUGCUUCAGUUUUUGUAUAGUGGACAAGUCUCUAUAGUCCCUCAAAAACAUGAGCCCAGGCCCAAUUGCGGUGAUAGAGGUUGUUGGCACACGCAUUGUACCUCAGCCGUUGAUCUUGCUCUUGAAACCCUCUCCGCCGCUAGAUCUUUCGGCGUUGAACAGCUUGCAUUACUCACUCAGAAACAAUUGGCAAUUAUGGUUGAAAAUGCUUCAAUUGAUGAUGUAAUGAAAGUUCUACUAGCUUCAAGAAAGCAAGACAUGCAUCAACUAUGGACAACUUGUUCACAUCUAGUUGCAAAAUCAGGUCUUCCUUCUGAAAUUCUAGCUAAACAUUUGCCCAUCGAUAUCGUCGCGAAAAUCGAAGAGCUUCGCCUAAAAUCAUCCUUGGCGCGCCGCUCUUUGAUCUCGACCGGGAGCCACGGUCACGGUCACCAUCACGGCCACCACCACCACGAUCUCGGGGCAGCAGCCGAUCUAGAAGAUCAAAAAAUCCGUCGAAUGAGACGGGCUCUUGACUCGUCCGACGUCGAAUUAGUCAAGCUUAUGGUAAUGGGAGAAGGGCUAAACCUAGAUGAAGCAUUGGCAUUGCAUUACGCGGUCGAAAGUUGUAGCCGCGAGGUGGUUAAAGCUUUACUUGAGUUAGGAGCUGCAGAUGUUAAUUACCCGGCGGGUCCAGCUGGCAAAACCCCGCUACACAUUGCGGCCGAAAUGGUUUCACCAGACAUGGUAGCGGUAUUACUAGACCACCACGCCGAUCCCAAUGUUCGUACGGUUGACGGUAUCACUCCUCUCGAUGUUCUCCGAACCCUAACUUCCGAUUUUCUAUUUAAAGGCGCGGUUCCAGGGUUAACUCAUAUUGAACCGAACAAACUGAGACUCUGUCUCGAGCUUGUUCAGUCUGCUGCCCUAGUUCUCUCACGAGAAGAGGGCAACGAUAAUAAUAACAAUAACAACAACAACAAUGAUCCGCCUUCAACGGCGGUUUUUCCGCCGUUGAGUGAUGAUCAUAGUAGUAGUAGUAACAAUACUACUAAUCAAAUGGGUUCGAGAAUGAAUUAUCUUAAUCUUGGCCAUCAAAUGGGAUCAAGAAUGGACGGUACUGAUGAUGAAAGUAGUCACAAUAGUCAACACAGAGAUCAUCACCAUCAUCAUCAUCAUCAACAUCAUCAACAUCAUCAACAUCAUCAAGCCAUGAAUCCAACAAUGUAUCACCACUCUCAUGACUACUGAAUCAAAACUCUCUCUCUCUCUUUUAAUAUUUAUAUAUAUAAUUUUUAUUUUUAAUAUUAUAAAUAUAUUUAUAUAAGUUGGAUUGUGGAAAUUGAAUGAAUUUAAUUAAGGCCAAGGAGGUUAUAUAUAUAUAUAAUUUAUAAUAUAUAAUAUAUAUUUAAUGGAAUGAAAUUAUUAUCUCUCUCACUUUUCUA